CGAAUAAAGAAAAAGACCAAUACACAUUUCUAGAAGAAAUAAUUGAAAUAGAUAAACAACAAGUAACUGUUUACGAAAAACCACCUAGAAAAGAACAACCAUAUAUCAUAGGCAAAGGAGACUAUAUACUAAACUGA